AUGGCAGCCAACAGCACCUACGCUCUGUCCCAGAGCCACCGGGACAUGCUCGAGAAGUCUCUAGUUGAGUCCGACCCCGAGGUCGCUGAGAUCAUGAAGAAGGAGAUCCAGCGCCAGCGCGAGUCCAUCAUCCUCAUUGCCUCCGAGAACGUCACCUCCCGCGCCGUUUUCGACGCCGUCGGCUCCCCCAUGUCCAACAAGUACUCCGAGGGCUACCCCGGCGCCCGCUACUAUGGUGGCAACCAGCACAUUGACGAGAUCGAGACUCUGUGCCAGAAGCGUGCCCUCGAGGCCUUCCACCUCGACCCCGCCAAGUGGGGUUGCAACGUCCAGACUCUCAGUGGCAGCCCUGCCAACCUCCAGGUCUACCAGGCCCUCAUGCCUCCUCACGGCCGUAUCAUGGGUCUGGACCUGCCCCACGGUGGUCACUUGAGCCACGGCUACCAGACCCCCGCCAAGAAGAUCUCCGCUGUCUCGACCUAUUUCGAGACCAUGCCCUACCGGGUGAACGAUGCCACUGGCAUCAUCGACUACGAUGAGCUUGAGAAGGAUGCUCAGCUCUUCCGCCCCAAGGUCCUCGUUGCCGGUACCUCGGCUUACUGCCGUGAGAUCGACUACGCCCGCAUGCGCAAGAUCGCCGACUCGGUCGGUGCCUGGCUCCUGGCCGAUAUGGCCCACAUUGCCGGUCUCAUCGCCGCCGAGGUGAUCAAGUCUCCCUUCGAGUACGCCGACAUCGUCACCACCACCAGCCACAAGUCUCUCCGUGGUCCCCGCGGCGCCAUCAUCUUCUUCCGCAAGGGUGUCCGCUCUGUCGACCCCAAGACCGGCAAGGAGAUCAUGUACGACCUGGAGGGCCCCAUCAACUUCUCCGUCUUCCCUGGCCACCAGGGUGGCCCCCACAACCACACCAUCACCGGUCUGGCCGUUGCCCUGAAGCAGGCUGCCACCCCCGAGUUCAAGGACUACCAGAAGCAGGUCGUUGCCAACGCCAAGACGCUCGAGAACAAGUUCAAGUCUCUGAACUACACCCUGGUCUCUGACGGCACCGACUCCCACAUGGUCCUGCUUAACCUCCGCCCCUUUAACCUGGACGGCGCCCGUGUCGAGGCCGUUCUGGAGCAGAUCAACAUUGCCUGCAACAAGAACAGCAUUCCCGGCGACAAGAGCGCUCUGACCCCCUGCGGUAUCCGUAUCGGUACUCCUGCCAUGACCAGCCGUGGCUUCUCCGAGAAGGACUUUGAGCGUGUCGGUGACUACAUCGACCAAGCCAUCAAGAUCUGCCGUGAGGUCCAGGAUUCUCUGCCCAAGGAGGCCAACAAGCUCAAGGACUUCAAGGCCAAGGUUGCCAGCGGCUCCGUCCCCAAGAUCAACGAGCUCAAGAAGGAGAUCUCGGAGUGGUGCAUCACCUUCCCCCUCCCUGUCGAGGGCUGGAGGUACGAGGCCGGCAUUUAA